CGGGGCUAUUCCCCAGACAUUUCCUUUUAUAAACCCCCCGCUAGCUUUUAACACAACCCCUCACUUUCUCAAUUCUCACCGUCAACGGAGACAGUCAUUCAAAGCGAAACAUCGUCGGAGAAAUCAUUUUCUGAAAAAAACAGAAAAAAAAAUCGUUUUUUCGAUCAAUUAAGAAGAAAGAAAUGUCUGGGUGCAGCAGAAUCCAGCACAUUGUGAGGCUCCGGCAGAUGAUCCGGUGGUGGCGCAAGAAGGCGGCAAUGGCGGCCCGCAGCCGCGUCCCGGCCGAUGUCCCCGCCGGACACGUGGCGAUCACGGUCGGGACGAACAGCAAACGGUUCGUGGUCCGCGCCACGUACCUGAACCACCCGGUCUUCAAGAAGCUACUGUCGCAGGCGGAAGAAGAGUACGGGUUUACCAACUCCGGGCCGUUAGCCAUUCCCUGCGACGAGUCGGUGUUCGAGGAAAUUCUCCGGUAUUUGACCCGAUCCGAAUCCGAUCACAAGACCCGGUUCAUGAACUACGAGGACUUCCAGAGAUACUGCCACGUCGGCAUCCGAAGCAACCUUGAAUUCUGGGGCGAGUCACGCCCGCUCUUACAUGGCGUUUCCGGUAAAUCGAUAUGCUAAUGCCCCGGGGGGUCGUUUGGUUCCGAGUUUAGGAAUCGGCAGUGAUUUAAGUCAGAUAACCGGAAUUCGUGAUUUCAUUUUGCGGAAACCAAACGCGUACUAUAGGACAAGUAUAUGAUAUGAUAUGACAGACAUUAUUGGAUGGAGAAAAUAAAGAAACACUGCAACACUAUCGGUGCUCCGAUUUGACUCGUCCGAGUUGCACUGCCGGCACGGCGGUCAACGCGCUUGACUCGGUUGACUACUCCGUUUUAGGACGGUGAUACAUUUUUCUUACCAUAUUGGUAAGUGGGAAAUGAAGUAAUUUUUGUAUUUAUCUCUUUUUCUUUUUUUAUUUUCGGUGAAUACUCCGGAGAAUGUGAUGGAGAUGGCAACCGAGUCGUCCCGAGUUCGAAUCUGAUGGAGUCAAGAAAAUCAAAGACUCCACGGCGGCGGCAAGAAGCGGCGGAGAUGAUCUGAUCUGAUGACUGUAAUGGCCAUAUUCCAUCGUCUUGUAAAUUGAUGAUUGGAAAAUAUGUAGAAAUCGAGAUAUUUUGUAA